GCCACAACUGUUUCUGGGGUAAUUCUCCUUGUGAGACUUCCGGUGGAAAUGAGGCGCUAGCAGCAUUAGCUCCCAAGCUACCUUCUGUUUAUCGUCGUUUUAAAGACGUUUUCUGCUGUGUGAGUUGAAUAUUUCAGUGUCUGUAGUAUCAACGUCUUAGGUUAAUCACCAGAGAGAAUCCAUCCGCCCAGAACCGCCAGCAGCAUCGUUCCUGUAAGAGCAAGCGGAGAUUUUCUGAGGUGGACGGACAGGAAAUGCUGCAACACUGAUGUUUGGGAAAAACGUAAAAAGAUCUUCCACUGCAUCAUGUCUGUCGCUACCUGUGAAGAACUUCCUGAUCGCGUUCUGAUGACUGGAGACAGAAACUCCAUUCCUGACGAGACGCCAAACAAUUUGCAAAUAAAGGAGGAACAGGAAGAAGCAGAACCACAGCAGGCGAGUGAGCCAAACAAGGAACCAGAACCUCAGCUUGAGAAAGUAGAACAUGUUGAAGUGUGGGUCUUUCAGGACAAACAGCUUUCAGUGCAGCAGCAGACCAGCGCCUCUACGGUGACUCCAGCUUAUGGGGAAACGAUCCACAACCAACCACAACAGCUGCAGAUUAUAAAGGAGGAAACAGAAUCUGUGGAGAUUAAAGCAGAACCGGAGGAUUUCUACAACAGCCAGGAUGAAGGUCUACUUGAGGUGAAGCAGGAGCCUGAAACCUCGAUGGUGACUCCAGCUCAUGACAGCACUGAUCCAGAACCAAGCUCCAACCAGCCGGUCCCACUGAACUCCCCUGCAGAACUGAACCCACAGCAGCAAGGAAGCGACCAGAACACAUAUUGUUGUGACAUGUGUGAAAAAUCUUUCACAGCUCGUAAGAAUUGGAUUUAUCACCUUAAAACCCAUAAAGAGGAGAAGCCUUUCCUAUGUCUGACUUGUGGAAAAGGUUUCAUUUGGAAAUCGGCUUUAACGCUACACCUUAGAACGCACACAGAUGAGAAACCGUAUCCCUGUGAACUGUGUGACAAAUCUUUCAGUAAAAAGAGUUAUUUGGCUCGUCACAUAAGGGUUCACGGGGAUGAAAGGCCGUUUCCUUGUGACUUAUGUGGGAGAACAUUUAGACACAGUAGCAAUCUGGCCCAUCACCGUAAAGCUCAUACAGCUGACAAACCUUAUUCCUGCCACUUCUGUGACAAACAGUUCAGCGAACAUAGUAGCUUGGCCAACCACCUUACGACUCACACAGACGAGAAACCUUACCCCUGUGAACUGUGUCACAAAUCUUUUAAUAAAAGGAGUUAUUUGGCUCGUCACAUCAGGAUUCAUGGGGAUGAGAGGCCGUUUCCUUGUGACUUCUGUGGCAGAACCUUUAGACACAGUAGCAAUCUGGCCCAUCACCGGAGAGCUCACACGGGUAAAAAGGUUUAUUUUUGUGACUUGUGUGACAAACCUUUUAGCAAACAUAGCAGUUUGGCCGAUCACCUUAAAACUCACACUGAUGAGAAGCUGUAUUCUUGUGAACUGUGUGAUAAAUCUUUCAGUAAAAAGAGGUAUUUGACUCGUCACAGAAGGAUUCACGGAGAUGAGAGGCCGUUUCCUUGUGACUUUUGCGGUAAAACCUUUAAACACAGCAGUAAUCUGGCUCGUCAUCAUAAAGCUCAUACAGCUGACAAGCAUUAUUCUUGUGACCUGUGUGAGAAACAUUUUAUUGACCACAGUAGUUUGGCUGAUCACCUUAGAACUCACACAGAGAUGGAGAAUCCCUGUGAUCUGUGUGAUAAAUCCUUCAGUAAAAGGAGCUACUUGGCUCGACACAGAAGGAUUCACUGGGAUCAGACGCCUUUUUCUUGUGACCUGUGUGACAAACAUUUUAUCAACCAGAGUAGUUUGGCUUGUCACCUUAGAACUCACACAGACAAGAAACCGCAUCCUUGUGAACUGUGUGAUAAAUCCUUCAGUAAAAGGAGCUACUUGGCUCGACACAGAAGGAUUCACUGGGAUGAGAGGCCAUUUUGUUGUGACUUCUGUGGUAGAACCUUUAAGCACAGCAGUAAUUUGGCUCGUCACCGCAGAGCUCACACAGGUGAGCCUCUCAGCAACCCCAGUUGUUUGGCUCUUCUCAAGAAGACUCACAAAGAUAAAAGGCCUUCUUCCUGUAAAUUGUGCAAAAAAUCUUUUAGAAAAAAUAUUGAUUUGAUUCGUCACCUUCACAGUCACACAAGUGAGAAGCCAUGUUCUUUGUAGGAAAGAGUCCAGGCCUUUCUUUCCUUGUGACCAACAUUUUGUCGACUGUAGUAAAAACACAAGAGGAGACUUUGGCCCCGAAACCUUCAGAUUUAAACUAAACUGGUGUCAAACGUUUGUGCCGCUAUCAUUUUAAAGAUGUGAAUAAACUUUUCCAGAGGUCUUCAAAGGUCAGCCAGCCCUAUGAUGACCUCUGGAAACUUUUAUUAAUAUCUUUAAAAUAUAGCAGCACAAACAAUGUAGCUUGGAUUUAAUUUAAUUUAAUCUGAAGAAGUUGAGAGAGCAACUUCCCUCAGGUAAAGAACCAAAACAUGAUUCUUGUAAAUUAUGCAAGAAAUCUUUCUCCCAAAUGAUGGACUUCAAACAAACAAGCCGUUGUUGUUCCUGGUGAUAAAAUCUUUGGAGGCACCGCGAAGGUUAAGAGGGUUAAGAAGCCUCAAGGUUAUUCAGUUUACUUUAUAAGGUAGCAACUUACAGCAUAUGUAGAGCAGAAACCAGAUAUUCAUAUUCAAGAUGCACAAACAUUUAAUGUUGCUGAAGUUCAAGCAGACCAAGUGUCUCUUGUUUUGGGUCCAUUAGAAUCGGCUCAGACUGAGGCGCUGCAGAACCUGGUGUCAUGAAAAGUGUCCCGUACCGACAUGGGCUGAGCGAAAAACAAAGACUGGUCCGGAUAACAAAGUGCCUCAUCGAUACCUGAUCAGAGCGUUUGGACUGGAGACGUCCAGCUUAGUGAUGUUAGUCUGUUGGGCUAAAACUCUCCACCACUGUCUCUGUUGUAAAUUCCCUCCUUUAGUUUUACCAACACUGUGUUUAAAUGUUUGUUUUCAGCUAGAGAAUGGUUACUGCACUGAUCAGCUAAAGCAUUAAUUAUAAAGUUGUGAUAAAUAACAUCAACCAUGUUUUAUCUUUUCCACUCAGAUCAUCUUCCACUUGCUGCAGGAAAUAAAAUGUUUCCUUCUGCCAAACCAGCAGGAGGUUAAAUACAUUUUAAUGAUUCAUUAAAAUCAGGUCUGUUGCUCCAGCCUGAAUGAAUCCGUUCCUGAAUCAUGUAAAUCAACUAAUACUGUUUUUUAAUCCUGAUGCUGUGUUUCAUUCUGAGUUUUUUAUGCAAAGUAUUAACAUUUGGCAAAGUUUUGUCUUAAUAAAGUUUUACUUUGUUCAC